CCUCUCGCAUCCGACGGUCACGUCCUUGGUUGAACUUUGCCUUUGGUGUAGUCUUCGGUCGCUCGUCUCUCCAUACCUGCUCUAAAUUACCGACAUUGCUACCUGAUGUCCCUAAUCGGUCCAUCUACCCGUGGGCGCGGCGGCGGCGGCCCCGGUAAAGGCGGCGCUCGCCGCGCUGACAACAAUCGCGUCUACGGAAAUCCCCUCCCCCUCCUCUUCGUCGAACCCGAGCCACCUCGCCGCCUUCUCGAACGUCUGACUCCCGGCGGCAUCCUUCACUCGCUCGGCCUGCGCCCGACGGAGGUCAUCAACCCGCACUGCGAGGGCGUCUUCGACUCAGCGACCAAGAGCGUCUGGGUGACAGAUAUGCGGAGCGUGCUUAUAUUGUGGCAACGAGGCUUCUUCGGGAAGGGGCAUCUGUCGAGAAGUGAGCCUAGCUGGCUUGCAAGGCAGGUUAAUGACCGGCGUGCGGCGGCGCAAGGAAAAAUGACUUCCGAAGAACUCACUGCCCGCCGCCGCUCCGAGCGCAAACAAUUCAAGCUCGACCGCGCCCGUGCCAUCGCAGCUGCCGCCGCCGAGGCCGAAGCAGCUUUCAAGGAGCGAGGCGAGGUUGUCGUCCCAGCACUCUCAGGGCCCAAUAUCCCGUCAGCGGCGACAUGGCGCCCUUCGCAAGCGACCGGCUCGGCAACUGAAAAUCCAUCGGCUCGAGGCGGGCCAACUGUAGCGGGAGAAAAUAUGCCAAAUCCAGCGGGAGAAAAUAUCACAACAGCCGGCUCUGGCGAUACCACCGCCGGACAGGCCAACACCUUCUCGACCGACGCAGACGAGCCAAUCGAGGAUGUCGAGCAUCUGCAAUUGACAUUGCAAGAGGCGUUUUUCCUAGCGUAUGCUCUGGAUUGUUUGACGGUGUAUGAUGCGGAUACCGACACCGCUCUCACCCUCCAAGAUCUCUGGCUCGCAUGUCAGCACGCGCACAUACCGUCCGCCGGCAACUCUCCGAUACCGCGCCAAAUCUACCUUUCCUUGGAACUUGACCCGUCCACCCUCUCCCCUGACAACCCCUUCCUCGUAAACUACGCCGUUUACCACCACUAUCGCUCUCUCGGCUGGGUCGUGCGCGGCGGAAUUAAGUUCUGCGCGGAUUUCUUGCUGUACAAGAAGGGCCCGGUGUUCACGCAUGCGGAAUUUGCCCUCGCUGUCAUCCCCUCCUACGAAGCGCCCGGCGAACGCACGCUCAACCCGGAAGACGGCGCGCCGUACACCUGGACCUGGCUCAGCACGAUCAAUCGCGUGAACGCGCAGGUCAUGAAGACCCUCGUCCUCGUCUACGUCACCAUUCCCGCGCGCGAGCGUCUACCAGCGGGAGCCCUCCUCGGCCCUGCGUGCCUCGCGCACUACUCGGUGCGCGAGAUCGUGGUAAGAAGGUUUAUUCCGGCGCGGAUGCGAGAUGAGAAUGCGCGGUGAGGACGCACCCUCCCGACAUCGGCUAGUCUGUACUCUGCCCGGGAAUCGAUAUGUAGUCGGCGCGUACAUCUUCUCUAGAGCUUCCCGGAAAUGUGCAUAGCAAUCUCGCCUUGUACUUUCAAGAGAAAUUAGGUCGUCGCGCGACGGCAGUAGGUUUCCUGAGA